GUACUACCAGGGACGUGGUGGGGAUCGAACUCGGAACCACUCGUUUAUGAAGCGAGCGCUCUACCACUACACCACUACCGCAUUUUUGUAUAGCAUUAUGUAAAAAUGGUUACAGCAGUUUCUGCUUUGGUUUUAGGCAAGAUGGAAAGAAAUAGUUUAAUAUGUUUCUAUCUGCAAUCUAGGAAGAUUAUGCCAAUAGUUAUUUAUAUUAUUACAAAUUAACAAUAUUAACACAAAGACACAUUAUAACACUCAAUAUGGAAAACAUGCAAGUUUUUCAGGAUCUGCUGCAUAAUUUAUUGGAACACUAUUUAACAUUAAAGUAUGUAAGAAUCAGCUAAUUAAUAAUAAUGCCGAUGUUGUCAGCAUAUUUGUUGUAAAUCUAAAUGGAUUAUUAUGAUGGAAUAAUGAGGAAAUCUUACUAAAUGUUUCAACAAUUAUUAACUCAUUGAAAGAAAUGGGUCCGAAAAAGAAUAAAAAUGCGCAUAUAAGUGAGAGUGUCAGACGAGCAUUAUAUCUGUUAACAAACCCAAUUUCACAGCUACCAAAUACACAGCUUCCAACCAAUGGUAGUAUUUUAAGAUAUUAUCAAUAUCUAAUUUCAAGUAAAAAGAAAAGAUUUAUCAAAACACAAAUUAACAUGGCCUGUAAGAAGCAAAAAGGAACAAGAAACUUGGUAUGCAAAGGCAGCUUCAUUUGAAAAUAGAUAGUGGUUGAUGAAGCAGUAUGAGUUUGAUGACACUAUCCAACUUUUGUGUGAUAUGCUUCAGUCAUCGAAUAUGACUUUGACACAUAAUUCAUCUUUUGCCAUAGCAAGAUGGUGUUGAAAUCUUCAAGUUGCAUGGCUCAAGUGUUAUUGUGGAUGGAUAUUUUGCAAGUACUCAUUUGCAAUGUUUUACUCAAUUGAAGGUGCAAAAUAUUCUUUAAAUGAAGUAGUGUUUAAUGACACUCCAGAAUCAGAUACGUGCUCUAACUAGUGAAGGAAAAGGAUUAGCAGCUUAUUUGACAGGAACAACAAAUACUCUUGAUUUUUUUGCACCCUCACCUCCUCAAUUACAUGUUCAUGGUAAAACAGAGAUUUUUAUUGAGUGGGAUCCUCCUAAAAAUCUUCUUGGCAGAUUAAAUUAUUAUGAACUUAGAAUGGAUAACAUGGUAAUAUAUAGAGGAAUUGACCGCUGUUUUACUGCGCAAGCUCUUCAGCCAACUAAAGUUUAUAGCUUUACAGUUUCAGCUUGGAUGAGUGAGGGUAGAUGCGAAAGUUUACCCACGUCGAAUCAGCAAGCAAUCUACAUCAUCGUCUAUUUUAAAAAGAAGAAUCUCUAUCAAAGAGUAAUUUGAAUCGCGAUCCAACGAAUUGUUAGUAUGCGACUAUAUGCAACUUGUAAAGUUAAAAAAUUUUAAGUAAAAAUAAAAAUGACAAAAGUGUAAUUGUUAAA